AUGUUUAAAGCGGUAAAACAGGUUUUUUUCUCCAGCGGACUACAAACGCCACAAUUCACAACACCUGAGAAACAGCCUAAAGACUACGAAGAACGCACUUAUGAGGCGGCCAAAUGGGUCAGCACCACCGUCAGCGGAACCAGCCUGGAUGAAAGCAUGCGAACUGGAUUCCGCCGGCUUUUCAGCUAUAUUCAAGGCAACAACACCGACAAGGUCAAAGUGGAGAUGACUGCUCCCGUGACGUGCCACGUGGACCCCGGUGCCGGGCCCGCCUGCGAGACUAACUUCACGGUGUCCUUCUACAUCCCUGAGGAGCACCGCGACGCGACGCCGCAGCCCAGCAACCCCGAUGUGUUUGUGGAGCAGAGGGAUGAGUUCACCGCUUACGUCAGAAGCUACGGCGGCUUCUCCGACGAGACGCUAGUUCGCAACGAGCUCCUCAAGCUGACGGAGAGCCUCCGCCGGGACAGCGUCCGUUUUGCCGAGCGGCCAUACUACUUCGCUGGAUACGACAGCCCCUUCAAGUUGGUCAACCGCAGGAACGAGGUAUGGCUCCUCCAGCAAAAAGAGUCAACAAACACUUAA